AUGUACUGGAGAAAUAAUAAAAAAGAAGAUACUAUGAAUAACAUUUAUUAUAGUGGUUUUGAAUUCCCAAAUUUUUUAAGUGAAGAAUUUAUAAACUUUGUUCGUGCUUUAGUCUAAAAAGAUCCAAAAAAAAGAUUAAGCAUUUUCUAAUUUAUGUAACAUUCUUGGAUUUUAAAAUAUGUAAAAGAGAGUACAAUUUUUAAUAGAGAAUUACUAAAUUCUAUGGUUAAACUUUUAAAAUGA